AUGCGCAUGUGUUUUGUUUGAAACGAUUAAAUUGUAUAUUUAAUGAACCCAAUAAUUAAUGAUGCCCGCUGUUGCUGAUUAGAUACAGAGAACACCAAGUCUGAAUCGCCUGAAAUGAUUGAAUGAAAACUGAAAAAAUUUAAAACUGUCUAGGAAACUGACAGUCAGUGCCAAAUUGAGAUUCAAACUUUUACUGAAAUGUGACAAAACAAAAAAUAUAAAAUAUUUGAUUUUGGGCUAGCUACAAAAUUAUAGUAAUAAGUGAGUGAUAUGUUCCAUAGUUAUGACUACUAGGGUAUCUUUUGGUAUACAAAAUAUAUUUUCCUUAGCCUCCCGUGAACGAUGUAUGACAAAUUUCAAAAGGCUGACCACACCAAGGUAUGGAAAAAUGCCAACGGACACAGCAGCCGUAUUAGUGCCGCUUUGUAAAGUGGCAGAGAAACCCUCGUUGCUGUACACAGUUCGUUGUACAAACCUUAGGACUAACAGUGGUGAAGUAUCGUUCCCAGGUGGGCCAAUCAACCAGGAUGACACUCCUGUCCAAACUGCCCUAAGAGAGACAUAUCAGCAAAUAGGAUUGCGAGCCGAAAAGAUUGAUGUGUGGGGCCAGGGGCCUCCGCUUCCUGGCCGCAAUAAUAAAAUAAUGAUCACUCCUGUGGUAGGCUCUAUAUCAACACUGGUUCAAGAAGAUUUGAACAUAAACGUUUCAGAGGUUGCAGAAGUAUUUACUGUACCCAUCGAGAUGUUAUGUGAAGCAAAAAAUCAAUAUUAUACUCAGUUUAGUAACGGUUUUAUCCUGCCAGUUUUCGUCAUUGAAGAAUACAAAAUCUGGGGUAUCACUGCGUUCAUAACUCACGCAUUUUUAGGAUCAGCAUUGACCAAGGAUGUUUAUAAAAAUGAAUGGAUGAAGAAGAAAAUUGUCAUAGAUAAAUAAUACAAUGUGGGCGCAGUAUACAUUUUAAAUUAUGUCUAAAUAUUUAAU